UCUUUUUGCUAUUAUCUGAGAUUAUAGUAUACUAUGUUUCAUGACCAAUUAACUAUCGGAAUCAACAACCACAGCAAAAUAUAGUCUUUGACACUCCAAAGACUAUGAAUAGUUUUACUUUCUACUUACUCUUCACCUACUAAAUAUCUGGAAAACUCUUCAUAGUCUUUAACUUGGAAGUUUUCUUGGCCAUAGUUUUGGGAUAUUUUAGUGUCUCCUAACAAGAUCUCAUGAACUGCUAAAAGGUAUCAUGGCUCCAGGGGUUGAAGAACUCCAAUUUCCUCAACUUGAAAUACCUCUAACCAUCAAUUCUAUUUCUCCAAUAUUACCUGCAAGCCCCAUCCCUGCAUCCAAUGGUGAUAGCCUUUACCUCUCAAAUCUAGAUGAUAUGAUUGGAGCUCGCGUUUUUACUCCAACCAUAUACUUCUACCGAUCCAGGAAACCAGGUGUCAUCAAAGUGUUAAAAGAAGCUCUUGCAAGUGUACUGGUGCCAUAUUAUCCUUUCUUGGGUAGGCUACGAGAAACAGCAGAUGGCAAGUUAGAAGUGUUUUUUGGACCUAACCAAGGUGUGCUUUUGGUUGAGGCACGUUCAGAAAUGACCUUAGUCAAUCUUGGAGAUUUAAGCGUGCCAAAUCCUGCAUGGACAAACUUGGUUUACAGCUUUCCAAAUGAAGAACAAUACAAAGUGAUUGAUAUGCCAUUGCUGAUAGCACAAGUGACACAGUUCAGCUGUGGUGGAUUUAGUCUUGGGUUAAGGAUUUGCCACUGUCUUUGUGAUGGGGUUGGAGCAAUGCAGUUCCUAAGUGCUUGGGCUGCCACUGCAAGAUUGAACACAUUGACAGUCAAUCCCAAACCUUGUUGGGAUCGAGAAAUACUUAGGCCUCGUGAUCCACCAUUGAUUCAACACCCACAUAUUGAAUUCAAGAGAAUGGAUGAUUUAUCAAGUCUAACGAGGAGUCUUUGGGUAGUCAAGCCAGUUCAAAAGUGUUAUCGUGUUAGCCGAGAGUACCAAGCUCAUCUCAAGAGCUUGGCCCAAUCCCAAUCAGUUGGUAUUUCUACCUUUGAUGCAAUGGCUGCUCAUGUGUGGAGAUCAUGGGUCAAGGCACUAGAUGUUAGGCCUCUUGACUACGAGCUCAGGCUAACAUUUUCGGUAAAUGGCAGAUCAAGGCUUACAAAUCCACCACUGAAACAAGGCUUCUAUGGGAAUGCAGUAUGUGUGGCAUGUGCCACUAGCACUGUAUCAGGCCUUGUUAAUGGGCCUCUUUCUGAUACCACAUAUUUGGUUCGAAACGCAAGGCUUUCCAUCUCCGAGGAAUAUUUGAGAUCCACAGUUGAUUAUAUCCAAGUUAAUAGGCCUACAAGGCUAGAAUUUGGUGGGAAGCUCACCAUAACCCAAUGGACCAGAUUCUCAAUGUAUGAAUCUGCCGAUUUUGGUUGGGGAAGACCCAUUUAUGCAGGCCCAAUAGAUCUGACACCGACCCCACAGGUUUGUGUUUUCUUGCCACAAGGAGGGGAUGGAGUUGAUGAUUCUGAUGGAACCAUGCUGGUCUGCAUUUGUUUGCCAGAGGCUGCUUGCCAUAGAUUCAGAGACCUUUUCUGCAUCUUGGAUUCAAGUACCGCAGGCCAUCAAUUGCUAUGUUAAAUUGCAUCUCACCAAAGCACUUUCUCCAUUUCCUUUUUACUAUUUGGGCCAUUUUGGCUUCAACCAACUAUUGUCUUUUUACCCAGUCUUGAACAUGUACGUUUGCUGAAAUUGCAAUAAAGAACACGUCUCUUUUCCUU